AUCAAAUAUAGAGCCUAUACUCUGCUUCUAAAUAAUGAUCAGUGGAUCUAGAUAAGUUACAAUAGAUCUAGACUCUCUGUUAUUCUAGCAUUUGCAGUAGGGGCAUAGUAACCAUGGUAUUCAGUGUUUUGAUAGUUAGAGUUUGAAGUCUAGAUUUAGUGCUUCAAAAUGGCUACUCGUUCUCUUUCAUGCAGUGUGUGCUUGGAGAUGUAUACAGAUCCUCGUGUCCUGCCUUGCCUUCAUGUAUAUUGUCUACAUUGUAUUGAGGGUCUUGUUAUUGAUUCUAAUGUAACUUGCCCUCAAUGCAGAGCCAAGCACCCAGUAGAAAAUAACCAGGUCAAUUUCCCUGUCGAUCUGUUGAUUCUUUCAGGUUUGGAGGAGUCUAUGGGCAAAUCAAAAGAGGAGAAAAAGAUAUGUGGGUUCUGCACAGAAGGAGAUGCUGCCAAAGGCUAUUGUGGGGAUUGUCAAGAAUACCUUUGCCAGUAUUGUUGGAACGUUCACAAGAGAAGUAAAAUGUUUCUUCGUCAUAAAGUUUUGCCAGCUGAUGAAGUUUUAUUAAGCAAGGCACCUGCCAUAUUCAAACACCCAGCAACUUGCAUCAGUCAUCCUGAAUACAAGCUGGAGGUGUAUUGUAAAACCUGUGUCUCACUCGUUUGUUGUAAAUGUAUACUGGGAUCAGGACACAAAGGUCAUAAGCAUGCGUUAAUUGAAGAGGCCAAAGAAGAAGUUAAAGAAAAGAUUCAAUCACUUUCAGAAGCUGCUCUUUUGAAAGAAUCCACUGUUGAAUUUUGCAUGAAGCUCGUGACAAUAAUUGAAGGAAAAGCUCUUAGCCAACAAGAGGAAUUCCGUCAAAAAGUUAAAACUUUUAUUGAAGUUUUGACAUUGUGGGUUGAAGAAGUAUUUACUGAGGAUAAUAAAAAGAUAUGGGCAGCAAGCAAUGAUCUGCAAACAAUUUUAUGCUCAUGCUCUUCUGGCUGGACAGGGUCAUCCUGCUCAGACGAUAUCGUUGAGUGCUCUAGUAACAAUGGAGGCUGUGCUCAGCACUGCUCCAACAGUGAAGGCUCUUAUUCCUGCUAUUGCUCCAGUGGAUAUAACUUAGCUACAGAUGGACAUUCAUGUGUAGAUAUCAAUGAGUGUAAUACCAAUAAUGGUGGCUGUAGUUAUUCGUGCGCCAACAAUGAUGGCUCUUACACAUGUUCUUGCCGUAAUGGGUAUCAUCUAGGCAAUGAUGAUCAUACUUGUGUUGAUACUAAUGAGUGUUUGAAUAAUAAUGGUGGCUGCAGUGACAACUGUAAUAAUAGUCCUGGUUCUUACUCUUGCUCCUGUAAUAGCAACUAUUAUUUGACUACAGAUAAGCACACUUGCUUAGACAUUAAUGAGUGUACUAAUGGAGCUGUUGGUAUUGGUAUCAACAAUGGUACUAAUUGGUGUGAGCAAUUAUGUGUCAAUACACCAGGAAGCUAUAGAUGUGACUGCCAUCCUGGUUACAUACUCAACAGUGACAAUGAAACAUGCUCAGAUAUAAACGAGUGUUUGGAUAAUAAUGGGGACUGUAGUCAAAUAUGUACAAACACGCCAGGAUCACACAUCUGUUCCUGCCAAAGUGGCUACACACUAUUAGAGGACAAAACAUCUUGUACAGAUCACUGUGAGUGUUGUACUGGUGCUGAUGAUUGUCAGCAUGUGUGUCACAAUACUGCUGGAAGCUACUACUGUACAUGCUGGUCUGGCUAUCGUGUCUCAGCUACUAAUUCAAGUGCUUGUGAAGAUAUCAAUGAAUGUAGUGAUGGCAGUUCAGGCUGUGAUCAAGUGUGUGUGAAUGAGAUUGGUGGAUACAACUGUUCAUGUCUUGAUGGGUAUAAUCUAUUGCCUAAUGGACACUCAUGUGAAGAUAUUAAUGAGUGCAACAAUUCUAAUGGAGGUUGUGAGCACAGUUGUAUUAACACCCCUGGUUCUCAUUACUGUGAAUGCCAGUCUGGCUACUACAUUAGUACUAAUAACAGAUCCUGCUUAGAUAUUGAUGAGUGUACUACUAAUGCGUCUAAUUGCUCUCAAAUUUGCGUAAACAAUGUUGGUAGCUAUACUUGUUCAUGCCAUCAAGGCUAUAUCAUUAAUAGUGACGGAGUAUCGUGUGACGAUGUUAAUGAAUGUUCAAAUAGUAAUGGGGGAUGUCAACACAGCUGUGUCAACAUUGUCGGUUCCUAUAUAUGCCAAUGUAAUCCAGGAUACAGGAUACAUAAUAAUGGUUAUUCUUGUGUGGAUAUUGAUGAAUGUACAAGCAAUACAUCAAAUUGUUCUCAAGUCUGCAUUAACAGUAUUGGUGGGUUCUCUUGCGAUUGCUUUGUGGGAUAUACUUUAAAUACAAAUAAAGCAUCAUGUGACGAUAUUAAUGAGUGCUUGAGUGAUAAUGGAGGAUGCCAACAGAUAUGUAUCAAUACAGUAGGAUCAUACGACUGUCAGUGUCGUCAGGGAUACAGUAAAAAUAUCUCCUCAUGCAUAGCUCUUGAUUGUCCAGUGAUAGCAGCACCAAUGAAUGGGCACAUGAGCUGUAGUGGAGAGCAAGUGACCGAUCAAAACUGCACGUUUUGGUGUGACCCUGGUUACAAUAUAUCCGGAUCAUCAUUCAGAACAUGUCUGGGGUCGAAUCAAUCCUGGUCGGGGAAAGAUACAAGUUGCUCUAAAUCACAAUGUCCUCCUUUAGCUAGUAAUGAGAAUACAUAUGUUGCGUAUCCCUGCAGUAAUGAGUACUUGGACAACUGUGAGUUGUACUGUGAGACAGGGUACAUCAAUGAUAAUGUUGAAAUUAUCUGGAGUCAAACAUGCAAUGUCACUGGAGCCCAAUCAGAAGCAGUAGACUGGUACCCGAAUCAAGCAUGCAAAGGACGAAAUGUUUGUGAGCCUAAUCCUUGCAUGCCAGGAACGUGCUCAGUAGAAGAGGAUGCUAUUAAUUGUGAUUGCUCUGAUACAUACUACACUGGAGAGAGAUGUCAGUUAGGCUAUGCUGUGGCCCAGCCUGUACCUCCACUAGUAAAGGGCAGUAGUGAAGAAGUUACUUUAACUUCCAAACCAUUGAUUCAAACAAUAGUAUCAAUCACUGCUAAUGAUAACAGCUCGCUUGGUAUUAAUAAACAAAUGAUAAGUCUAAGUCCUCAAUCAAGCAGUGGGUCUUAUACUGUACAAGCUAAUAAAUCUGGUCUCUAUAGAGUUAGCUAUGAUGCUAUUCCUGGUUCAUUAUACAUCAAACCUGAUGAUACCAUAAUUCUGGUUACUGAACGCUCUCGUGGAGAAGAGCCUGAUUAUUUCACAUCUCAAGGACUACAAAGUGGUCAUCUUGGAGUAGGUUGCUGUAGCAAACAACUCACUUUAUCAUUAGAGCAGUGUUUUUCUAACCUCACGUUACAUUCUUAUUGUCAAUGGAACCAAACGGAAAGUAGUACUGAUGGCGUAGUUCAUCUCAGUAUUGCUUCAUUGUAUCUACCAGUCUCCAUUGCAGGAGUAAAGGUGCUCAAUUCUCUUCCUUUAUUUCUUGAUACUCACUAUUCUACUCAUCAGUGUCUGACUUGUGAUAAAGCACCAAAUCAACACUGUCAUACACCUUCAUUGAUAAUGGAUUAUAACAGUAACAUUAUUCAAACCAUGCUUCAGUAUAAGAGCCUAUCCGUUUCAUUAUUUUCUUCUAUCAAAAAUUUCCUCCCAUCAUGGUUAAAGAUUGAAGUACACUCAUUGGCUUCUUCAUCAUAUUCAGUUUACGAUUUUAUGACGUUUAUAGGAACAGCUGAGGAGGUGAAGAGACUUCCUGGUUGUGAUAAAAUUGAGCUAGCAGACACAAGUGCAUUAAUAUACACACACAGAACAACUUCACUUCUACAAGUUACUAUCAAUUCUCACCCAGCUUUUUAUCAUGCACAGCCAGUCAGUCCACUUUGUACUAUUAUUGAUGUGUGUAGUGGACUAGCUCCAACUCUAAAAUUGGCAAUACCUCCAUCGCUAGUUUCAAAGAAUAACGCUGCAUCAAUACGUCCUUUAAAUAUAUUUAUAGCUGGUAAUGCUCAAGUCAAUUUCCAAAGCAUUUCCCUACAAGAGGAUGGUAUUAUUGCACCAGAGCUACAAGAACAAUUAGUGUACUGGAAUGGUAAACAUCGCUUUAGGCCCACACUCCCAACACACUAUCAAUAUAAACUUAAUAUUAACUUUCAAAAAACAUUUACUGGGCAAAAUCUUGAAGCAGAUGUCAAAUUUAAAGGAUCAGUUUAUUAUCAGCCUAAUGCUACAAUAAAAGAGGUUCCUGGGUUAUUAGUAGGAAAGAUUUCUCUUAAUGUAACUACAAUUACUAAUCAAAAAUCUGUUAAUCUAAUGUUAACUUCUGAUGAAUAUCCAGCCAUCUUUACCUAUCCAAUUGAAGGGGCUUCAUAUGAAAAUUUGCCAGUUGGUUUAUCAGCAAUACUGAAAUACAAUGAACAGUUAACUGAUUCAUUCUAUCGUGAUCACUUUUCUAUUCCUCAAUCAGUGGUUGAUUGUCAAAUCCUUGCUUUCCUUAGCUUUGAUGAAUCUUUGAAUAUCAACAAUGUUAGUUUCACCACUGACUGCUUCACUCUCAGCAUUGGUAGUCUUCACUUUCAGGAAGGGCUAAGACACAAUAUUCUCCUGCCUGGUAGUACCACUCAAGACCCAUCCGUGUCGUUAAUAGUAACAUCCUAUCGAUUAUCAGACAGUCCUUACAAAUUUGGAAGAUUCUCAUUUUUAAAUACAAAUAAUGGUCCAGUUCUUAAGGUAAUGUAUAGCUCCAGUACCAAUAAAUUGAGAGGUACACUGUAUUCUGUCAAUAUCUCACUCCUCAACUCUCAUUCAAUAAGCAACAUUAGCAUAGCAAACAAUCAAAUGACUUUUCAAGCGCAAGCAAAAGUUUUUAUGAAUUAUGAUACACGCAUUAUUGGAAGUCUUGCAACAAAUAACAGUGUUAACAUUGAGCUUAAUGGGGAAUUCGUUGGAACUUUCCGUUCUGACGUUUCAUCCUAUAUUUCACAACACUUGCAAAAUGAGUUAAAUGAUGUCAUUAAAAGGAGUAACAGUGCAAUAGACAGUGUUGAGAUUUCUGAAGAAUGGCGUGAUGAACUGUAUCUUCAACUAACUGACAAUAAUGACAAAUUAUUGCAAGAAGAGAAACAGCUCAAAGAAGACAACAAAUCGUUAAUCGAACUAAAAGCAAACACAAAUGAUGCACUUAACAACUUGACGAUAGCACUAGAAUCUUAUAGAGUCAAUAACGAUACAUUAUCAGUCAACGAAUUGCUCUGCAAUAAUAAUGAUGCUUGUAAUAAUGAAUGUAACUCUAGACUGAGCUGUCAAACACACAAUAAUAGCAUCACUUUCUCAGUCCCUGGUAGCUGUAGUGAGUAUGAACCGGCCAGUCAUAUUAUAAGGCAAGUUAAGGUAGUCCUGGUAGAGGAUUGGCAGGAGCAAAUUCAGUGUCAAUCUUGUUGGGAGACACAAUGGCACAAAUUCCUCUACAUCUCUCAAACUCAAUGCUGCAACAAAAUCAAAGUCCGAGUACUAGACAUGAGCCGAUACAAGAUACAAUACAUUAACAGUACAGCUAAUGAAUCAAAAUUACGACCAUGCAUUGUCAAUAAUAAUACUCAAUUAUAUGAUGCUUUGAACUGCAGAGAAGAGAUUUCUUGCUACCAUGAAAUUACAAACGCUUCUUGUUUUACUGAUUUAGCUGGCUGUUUACAAGAGCUGGGUGAGUCUUUCGCUACUAUUAAUUCUACUAUCAGCCAGCUGUACUCUACAUACCUGAAUGCCUUACUCAAGGAAGAAGAAAUGAAACUGAUCAUUGCCAGAAAAUAUGCCAAGGUUUAUAGACUGAGAGAGAACACAGAGUUUCUGGAGAGUUUGUUUCAUACAGCUAAUCAAAGUUACCACACUAAUGUUAAAGCAAACGAAACUCUAUUUGAAGAGACUGAUGCACUAAUUCCUUUUGUGAGCUCCUUUGACAGUCAACCAGUUACAGAAAUUGACAUCCUAGAAGUAACAAACAUCUCAUUUCAAUUCAUGCUCACAAACUACACUCCAGCUAUUCUACCAAUAGAAAUCAGCUAUUCAAUACUGGAUACUGGUGAGGAGCAUUCCUUUAUUGAGAUGGUUAACUUUUUGCAGCCACGAGAGCUCAUUCUCCGACAACUGUCAGGCAGUGUAUUAGAAUCUUAUGUAUUACUGGUAAGGGGGACAAGAAGGCAAAAACGGGACAAUCACGAAGCAAUGGCAUCCACUUUUUCCAGUUCCAUCAAGUUUCAUGACACUUGUCUUCAAAUUAAAGGCUCUAAUCUGUAUAUUAAACAAAUAUUGGAAUUAUUGGGUCAAUCCUUUGCUAAGUUAAAUAGCACAUUGAGUCUCAUUAAUGCUACUACAAUGAAACCCUAUACUAACGAGUCUCAUAAUGGUAUCUCUCCAAUUAUAGCUACUCAGUAUAACCUUAUCAAAGCAGACGUCUCCAAGCAAAGCCAUUCCAUGAUUGAACUAUUAAAAAACAACUCGUUUGCUUCAUGGCAGGCUCAGAUAGAAGCCAUCCACUCAAGCAUUGGUCCAUUAGAGCUCUUUGGCUGCUCAAGCUAUCUUGACUGCAUUGGUAGCAUUACUAAUCAACUAGAAGAUAUCUUAGAAGACACUGCUGAUGCUGUACAGGAGCUUAGUCAGUUGAGACAAAUAAAAGAUAUCAUACUACAAGUUGCCUAUAAUAAAAGUCUGUCAUACAAUGAAGCAUAUGAUGCUUUAAAGAAACUUUUAACAGUUACAGAGUCAAAUAUAGUAAUUGAUCAAUGGUGCACUGAGCCACCAAUUAUUACCACUCAUCCACCUUCAUCAGUCUCAAUUGAGAUUAAUUCAACCACUGAAUUAUCUUGCACAGCUAGCUCAAGUCUACUGUAUUACUGGGUCAAGGAUAACAUUACUAUACCAGGCUCCAACUCUAAUAGACUCAUGCUCACUAAUGUUGGGUUAGGGGAUGAAGGAGAGUAUUGGUGUGUUGCUGUCAAUGGUGCUGGCUCAUCAGCUUCAAUACCUUCACUAGUAAAUGUUAUUAUGAAGCCAAUAUUCAAUCUCACUCUACCAAGUCAUGCAUAUGUAUACGAGGAAGAUACAAGAGGGUUUCAGCUGACGUGUGAUGCGUACGGUAUUCCUGCUCCAGGCUGGAUGUGGUUUUAUAAAGAGAAUGAAGCUCAUAACUGGACUCUUAUAAGUAACAGCAACUCUAAUGUGCUAACUUUUAAUAAUAUAAGCUUUGAUGAUGAAGGAUGGUAUCAUUGCUUGGCUCUUAACCCUGCUGGUAAUGUCACUAGCACUCCAGUCUUUCUGAAUGUAUUGUCAGCUGUUACACCAACUAUACAAUAUGAAUUUGUUUUAAUGUUAAGUGGAGCAAGUGAAGAAUGGGUCCAGCCAAUUGUUGAUUUAUUGGUAUCGGAAACAAAUAUAUCAGGACUUGUUACUGCUGGUUCUCCUAUUGUAUUUAGUGGCAAUAUUACAUCCAUUUCAUUCAUCUUACAGAGUGACAAUACUAUAUUACUUGAAGGAAUGGAAAGUACCAAUAAUGAACUAGAUGAGCUUGCUAUACAAAUGAUGUCUAGUGCAUCACAGCUAGAGCAAGAUAAAGAGGCAUUGUUAUUAUUAUUGCAAAGAACCAAUCAAUUGACAUUUACUCUUGAAGACAGCACACAAAGUGUAUCUCUUAUCGAUUACACAGUUGGUCCAAGAACUUUUACCUGCUAUAAAGAAUAUCAAUUGGAUUCGGACCAUCUUACAUGUGUUGCUUGUAGGCCUGGGUCCUAUGGUCAGGUGUAUAUGAGGUCAUUUGUUGAGAGUGAGACAGUUGGAGAAUACAUAGAAGAGCUAGUACCACAGUGUUUAGAGUGUCCAGUAGGUACGUAUCAGGAAAACGAAGGGCAGAGUGACUGUGUGUCUUGUCCUGCUAAUUACAGCACGAGUAGAACUGGCUCUGUAUCAGUAUCAGAUUGUAAAGAGUUGUGCAGUCCACAUCAUUUCUCUCCCACUGGAUUGGGCCCUUGCUCUCCAUGCCCUCCGCUUACUUAUCAACAAUAUAUUGGACAAAGAAAAUGCUUUCCUUGUGGUAAUGAUACCAUGUUUGAUGCAUGUGUAAUACCAGUCAGCACGACUUCAAUAAUUAAAGCUAGCAAUACCGUCCCUACUAGUAAUACUAAUAUUGGGCCUAGUGAAUCUUCCAGUCGCUAUUAUACAACAGAGCAUCCCCCACGCUCUACUGUCAUUAAAAACUCAACAACAACAAUUUCUUCUAAAUCUCCAGUUCCCAGUGCAGUAGGGGUAGAGGGAAAGAGCAAUCAAUUUAGUACUGGAGCAAUCAUUGGAAUAAUAGUGGCAUUAGUAACUGUUGCCAUACUAAUAAUAAUUCUUAUUGUAGCUAUUGUCAUUACAAGGAGGAAGAAAGCGACACUGCGGCAGCAGGAAACGAGCAUUAAUCAACCAAGUUAUGAAGUCGAGCUAAAAUUUAAUGAUUAUGGGAGUCACAAUCCUAAGAAUUUAGAGGCUGAAAGUGAUGACCUUAAAUUAAAACAAGAUGAAGGAGCUGCUUCUCUCCACAUUGAUGAAUCACACAUAUAUGAAGAGCUACCACCGCCCAUAGAGGAAGAAAUAACUGAAGAAACAAUCAAAGAAUUAUUACGUCCACCUCUUCCUCCUCCUAAUAAUCCUUACAGCAGUAUUUAUGAUAAUGAUGAUGAUAUUAUGGAGAAAAAAUCACUAAAAGUGGCAGAUUUUUAUUCAUCAAGUGACAAGGAAUAUUAAUUGCAUCCGCUAAUUUAAGUACCCAAAUUUUUUAAAUAAAAACACUUAAAUUGUUUUAUGAUGUCCUUUGCUUUAAAAUUUUAUUGUGAGUCUUUUAAAAAUAUUUUUAAUAAUAACUCAUUUGUGAUUAAUUUUUGCAUUUAAAUUGAUGCUAACAUACAAUGACGUAAAAUACUAAAAA